CCCCCACCCGCCCCCAAGUAUAUCCGGUACCCCGCGGGUGUUUCUUUGACGCAGUUGACGUGUGUCUCUUGAUAUCGAUAUACGGUUUCCGUAGUCGGCCGAGGACGGCCAAGCCACCAUAGACCCGGCAGCCUCGGCAUCGUCCCUUCUGUCAAGGGAGGAAUCGCAGCUUCAUUACCUCCAGCCUUCGAUUCGUUGUGUACCCAAUGAGAAAGCAGAAACGGCAGGUAAUACAGAGGCAUCUGAAACAUGCUCUCUUCCUCAACUCUCGUCUCGCUCCGCAGUGACACGAGGUGCGACGCAAAAGCCUCCAAAAGCGUCCACCGUUCCCCCUCUGCCCCCAAGAAUGAUGACAAAGUGGCCCCCAAAAGCUCGGGAAGCACAGAGGCUGUUGGCUCGGUUCACCGUAUUUCCCACGUGGUCUUGAGCAAGGGGCCGGCUGACGAGCAACAAACCCACCCCCUGACGAUCACACCACACCUUCGACACCUUCGAACAGGGAUCUCAUCGAGCGAGCGAACGACCGUGUUGCUGCGGACGCCCGGACCCCCAAAGCUCAGGUGUGAUGGGCGGUGCGACGGCAGCUCAGUUGGUCACACCUGGACUGGCUGCUUCUCAUCAGGCUUCAGCAGAGACGGGGUGCGAAUGACAGAUACUUCGCGAGCCAAGAACGCACAGUCGAGCCCAUUGCUGGUCAGCUGAGCUUUCGCUGGUCUCGCAGUUGGUGUCGUUGCUUCGUAGUAGUUCCAAUAGAACAGCUUCCCGUCCCAAAAAGAUCAACGACCGCUACUGCAGGUACAAGGGGAAAAUUGGCGACGGAUUCCUGAGAAAGGCCUCUUGUUGUUCUGUACCAUUCGCCUUGUUUUCUCGCUUCCCGAGACAUCUCACACGGCCCCUUGAUGCUAUUCCAAUUUAUCGCCGCCCGCAGCAAGGGAUAACAUCGCGGAGCACCUAUGGGGCUCAACGCGCCAUGCCUACCAGAAGCGGUCUUCAAC